AUGGCGGGGGAUAAAGGAGGUACUUCAAGGGAACUUGAUCAGACACCGACAUGGGCGGUGGCGGUUGUGUGUGCAAUUAUCAUAAUAAUCUCGAUUGCCUUGGAAAAGAUUCUUCACAAAGUUGGAAUGUGGUUAACGGAUAGGCGUAAGAAAGCUCUUUACGAGGCAUUGGAGAAGAUCAAAGCUGAGUUGAUGAUACUCGGUUUCAUCUCGCUCAUUCUUGUGUUCUGUCAAUAUUAUAUUGCUGAAAUCUGCAUACCUAUUCAUGUUGCGAAUACCAUGUUGCCUUGUCCUUUAAAAGCCGCAGAAGACAAAAAGGAUACUAAGGGAGAUGAUGGUCAUCGUAGACUUCUAUGGUAUGAUCGUAGAGUUUUGGCUGGUGGUAAAGAAGCCAAGUGCAAGGAGGACCAUGUAUCACUUAUAUCAGUCGAUGGACUGCAUCAGAUUCACAUCCUUAUCUUCUUUCUUGCUGUUGUCCAUGUGAUUUACAGUGCUAUUACUAUGGCCCUCGGAAGACUGAAGAUUCGUGGCUGGAAGCAAUGGGAAGAGGAGACUUCAUCCCAUGACUAUGAGUUUUCAAAUGAUCCUUCAAGAUUCAGGUUUACUCAUGAGACAUCUUUUGUGAGAGCACACACUAGUUUCUGGACCAGGAUUCCGUUAUUCUUCUAUAUUGGAUGCUUUUUUCGUCAAUUUUUUAGGUCUGUUAGCAAAUCUGACUACAUGACCCUGCGUCAUGGGUUUAUCUCUGUCCAUUUAGCACCUGGGAGCAAAUUUAACUUCCAAAAGUAUAUCAAAAGGUCACUGGAGGAUGACUAUAAGACAGUUGUGGGAGUCAGUCCAGUAUUAUGGGGGUCAUUUGUGGUGUUCUUGCUCCUAAAUGUUAAUGGGUGGAAGGCAUUGUUUUGGGCAUCCUUAAUUCCUCUAAUUAUAAUCUUAGCUGUCGACACAAAGCUACAAGCCAUUUUGACAAAGAUGGCCCUCGAUAUUACAGAAAGACAUGCAGUGGUUCAAGGCAUUCCACUUGUGCAAGGCUCAGAUAAAUAUUUUUGGUUUGGUCGGCCCCAGUUAGUACUUAACUUAAUACACUUUGCGCUGUUUCAGAAUGCCUUUCAGAUAACAUAUUUUUUGUGGAUUUGGUAUGAAUAUAGUCUCAACUCUUGCUUCCAUGAGAAUCUCAAGCUUGUCAUAGCAAAAACUUGCCUAGGGGUGGGAGUCCUAUUCUUAUGCAGCUAUAUUACGCUUCCACUCUAUGCCCUUAUUGCUCAGAUGGGAUCACAUAUGAAGAAAUCUAUCUUUGAUGAACAAACAUCGAAAGCCCUUAAGAAGUGGCAUAUGGAUGUGAAGAAGAAGAAUAAGGGAGGUCGAGAAGGUAGGUCUGCACGAACCCUGGGUGAUGCAAGUCCCACUUCUUCAAUGGGCUCACCUUUCCACUCGACUGGUGCUGCACUUCAUCGUUUCAAAACUACUGGCCACUCAACAAGUCAAUUUGAUUAUGAUGACCACGAAGCAUCUGAUCUAGAGGGUGAGCCAUCAUCACGUUUGGAACCGACAUCCAGCUUAAUCGUAAGAGUUGCUCAAGAUGAUGAUAUGGAUAAUGACACGAGUAGGCCACACAGUGGAAAAGAAACUACGAAUGAAGAUGACUUCUCAUUUGCUAAACCUGCUACCCCAAAGUGA